AACAAGUUCAGCCCAUUUACCCAGAUCCAAAACAUUCUUUUGGGGUUUCCCUAUUUUCACAAUAGGGUUUUCGGAAAAUAAAAACAUAGCAAAACAACUAUAACACUUUCUGCCAAGUUUUCUCGCGGCGAUUCAAGAGCUUCGAAAUGGCUAGAAUCAAGGUUUAUGAGCUCCGGCAAAAAACGAAAGCAGAUCUUCUGAAUCAGUUGAAGGAUCUCAAAGCAGAACUUGCUCUUCUCCGCGUCGCUAAAGUCACCGGUGGAGCCCCAAAUAAGCUCUCCAAAAUAAAAGUUGUUCGGCUUUCAAUAGCUCAGGUUUUGACUGUGAUUUCACAGAAGCAAAAGUCGGCAUUGAGGGAAGCUUAUAAGAAGAAGAAAUACUUGCCUUUGGAUUUGCGUCCCAAGAAGACAAGAGCUAUUAGAAGACGUCUCACCAAGAAUCAGCAAUCUUUGAAGACAGAGCGCGAGAAGAAGAAAGAAAUCUAUUUCCCAUUGAGGAAAUAUGCAAUUAAGGUUUAAUGUUACCUUUGUUGCAAACCUCUGAUUUGUUUUUGACAUUUAUUUUCUAGUGUUUGGUGUUGGGUUCAGUUUUUAUUUCUAUUGAGUUUAACUAAUCAUCAUGAAAUGAAAAAGAGUUGUUUGUUA